UCUUUAUUAUUAGUCUCCUCCCACAGGCUCAUCCCAGUUUUGUUUGGCAACAACACUGUUUACCUCUUGUAUAACCAUUGCAGAGGUAACUUGAUAUCGAUUUUUCUGGGAGAAAAACAAACAUCCCUCUUUUUAACUGAGCGCAGACAGGACACCGGUCCCUUUUUCUUUGUGAAGCACAACAUGGUGCUCAGAUAUCGUCCGGUAAUCCUGGGGCUGCUGGCCUUGGCCGCCUGUCUGAGCUCUGUGCUGGGGCUAGGUGAGGACCUGGACCGGCCUCUGUUCGGGCCUCCCGGCUCUCCUAUCCGACUGCAAGAGUCCGACCCAGGCCUGCAGAAGGCUCUGCAGUUCGCCGAGGAGCGCUACAACCGGGGCUCCAACGCCAUGCACCUCCGCAGAGUGAGCCGGAUCGUCUCCGCCAGCAAACAGCUGGUUAAAGGGAUCCGCUACACUAUAACAGUGGAACUGAGUAACACUCAAUGUAAGAAAAGCACCAUGCUCAGGACAUGUGACUUCUAUCCCGAAGCACACAAACUCAAGACGGAGGUGUGUCUGUUCGAAGUGUGGGACGUUCCCUGGCAGGGCACUUCAACUCUGCUUAAACAAAAGUGCCAACCUAAAGCCGAACCUCAAGUCGAAGAGACCAACAAGGUCGAGGAUCCAUCCACCAGCGAGCCUCUGGAGGAGUCUGUCAAGCUGCUGGGCCAGUUCAAAGAGUUCAUGGUAAAAUACAAUAAGGUCUACAGCAGCCAGGAGGAGGCAGACCGUCGUUUGCGUAUCUUCCAUGAGAACCUGAAGACUGCAGAGAAGAUCCAGUCUUUGGAUCAGGGCUCAGCAGAGUAUGGUGUCACCAAGUUCAGCGACCUAACCGAGGAAGAGUUUCGCUCUACUUACCUGAACCAACUACUGAGCCAGUGGACUCUUCACCAGCCAAUGAAACCGGCCUCUCCUGCACGAGGCCCCGCCCCUGACAGCUGGGAUUGGCGAGAACAUGGAGCUGUCAGUUCUGUUAAGAACCAGGGUAUGUGUGGAUCUUGCUGGGCAUUUUCUGUCACAGGCAACAUUGAAGGCCAGUGGUUUCUGAAAAAUGGAACAUUACUGUCAUUGUCUGAACAAGAGCUGGUUGACUGUGAUGGGCUGGACCAGGCGUGCAGAGGCGGGCUGCCAUCAAAUGCUUACGAAGCCAUUGAGAAGCUGGGUGGUCUGGAGUCAGAGAGUGACUACUCGUACACCGGGCACAAGCAGAGGUGUGACUUCACCAGCGGGAAGGUGGCCGCCUACAUCAACAGCUCUGUGGAGCUUUCUAAAGAUGAGAGAGAAAUUGCAGCUUGGCUGGCUGAGAACGGACCAAUCUCUGUUGCUCUGAAUGCCUUUGCCAUGCAGUUUUACAGGAAGGGUGUGUCUCAUCCUAUGAAGAUCUUCUGCAACCCCUGGAUGAUCGACCACGCUGUGCUGAUGGUGGGAUAUGGAGAACGUAAAGGUAUCCCAUUCUGGGCCAUCAAAAACAGCUGGGGGGAGGAUUAUGGAGAGCAGGGUUACUACUACCUAUACAGGGGGUCCAAUGCAUGUGGGAUCAACAAGAUGUGCUCAUCUGCUGUAGUCAACUAAACCACUAACACCACAUAUUUACACACACACACACACACACACACACACACACACACACACACACACACACACACACACACACACAACAUGCAACAGCUGACCACACUUUUACACUACUUACAUACACAUUUGAUCCAGAAUGCAUGAAGAUCAAAGUCAGACACAAACAUAGGUCCUCUUGACUUUCCCAUUCAGCCAGACUAGUGUUUCACCUUCCAUACCUCACACCUCAUGACAAUUUACCAAAAACUUGCCAGCUCUUAUAAAGCUAGUUUUGCUAAACUACUGAAAUUUUAGUCAUUUUAAAGAUUUUGUGUUUGCAUUUCAUUCCGUUAGUCCUGCAGGUCAUAAUGAAUUCCUUUUUUUUUAGAUGGUAUUGGUUUUAAGUUUGCUCAUCUUUCCUCACAGUAACUGAGCCCAUGUCUGAUAAAAAGGAUGCACUAAUAGUAGUUUAACUGCUGUCUUGUUAGUUCUCUUGAAUGUUUAGUUACCAGUGUUUGUGGUUAUGUUAUGUAGUAUUUGAGAUGGGGCUUUUGACAGAUGGGGGUUUUACCUUAUUGGUCUGCACAUUACUACAUAACUACAAUGCAACUGUAAUAACAGCAGUGAGACAGUGAGAAAUAAAUCAAGGUUCAAUAAAAAAGUGUGGAAUCCCA